CUCUGUUUCAAAAAAAAAAAAAAAAAUUAAAAUUAAAUUAAAAAAAGAAAAAAAGAAAACCAGGAAGAUUCUUACAAAGCAGAAGGUUGAGGAUCUCCGGAAAAGUUGGACGAUCUGCCAGCAAUAAUCUUUGUUCCUGAGCAACAGGUUGCUGUGCCUGGUGCCCUGUGGCUGUGGCUUGUCCAGGCCUGCCCGGGACUAGGCACCCUCUGUUCCCUUUGCCAGCCUCUAUCUGUGUGUGAUCUUUGCCUUGGAAGGUAGGACUUGAGGAGGAGACAGAAUAAAAGAAGAAUCCUAUAGAGGGUAGAGGGACUGGGGAGGAGACAGGAAAGGGGAGUGGGGAGAAGGGGGCUCCUCGCCCACCCCUCAUGGCUGGGAGCUGAUCCCAGCAAGGAGGGCCCAGGAGGAGGAAAGGGCUGUCCUUCCAAGAACAGUGGGUGAACCUGGGGAGGAAAUUGCUGUUUCAUUGCCCAAGAGCCACCUGGGAGCUGGGUUAUCAUCCUGGCAGGGGCAGGUGAUCGUACAUCCCAGUGGGAUCUGAUUCUCGUGUUGCCCGACUAGAGGAGUAACAUUCUCCCACUUUAGUCAUUUCACAACUUUUUGUUAAAUUGACUUUCAAAUAUUUACAUAAUUAUGAUUAUGCAACAUUUGUUCUCAGCCUUGCCACACACUACACUUAUAUUUCCUUUCUUGUACAACUUUUAUUUUCUUGAGUUGAUAAUUUCAAAGGUUCAGCUGGGUGAUGUAUACAAGGGAAUGCAGGGGAACGGAAGGAGCUGAUGAGUGGCUGAGGUGACCAUUUCCCAGCUGGGAGGGGAGAGCAUCCAGGAGGGAGAAAAUAAAAGAAAGGAGGCUCCGGCGAUGUCGGGUGAUAUUGAAGAGCAGAUGUGGAAAGACGUCUGAGGAGAACAUCUCCCCGGCAGCGGGUCUCAACAGCUUGGGCAGCGGGAGCAGCGGCAGCGGCCGGGCACCCAGCUUCACGAAGGCACCGGCAGGCACCGUCCCCACUGCCAAGAUGCAGAAGAGGAAGGUCAGCUUCAGGAAGGUCAGCUUGGCUGAAGGCACGGUGAAGGAAGAGCCCAAGAGGAGAUCUGCGCGGUUGUCACCUAAACCUGCUCUUGCAAAAGUGGAAACGAAGCCCAAAAAGGCAGCAGCAAAGGGUAAAUCUUCAGACAAAAAAGUGCAACCGAAAGGGAAAAGGGGAGCAAAGGGAAGACAGGCCAAAGUGGCUAACCAAGAAACUAAAGUUUUACCUGCAGAAAAGGGAGAAACUAAAUCUGACGCGAACCCAGCCUCUGAUGAAGCAGGAGAGAGAAGCCACGCCUGAUUAGUGUCACACACCGUGUCUUAUCAGUGGUCCCUGUCUACCUUCUUGUACAAUCCAGGGGAAUAUUUUAUCAACUAUUUUGUAAAUGCAAGUUUUUUAGUAACUCUAGAAACAUUUUUAAGAAGGAGGGAAUCCCACCUCAUCCUAUUUUUUAAGUGUAAAUGCUUUUUUUUAAGAUGUGAAAUCAUUCGCUGCAUGUUUAUUUUUUUUGGUACAACCAGAAAAUAGUGUGAGAUAUUGAAUUACGUGAGGCUUUGACUGUCUUGGGUGUCAGCUGAACAUUUCACAGAUGGGGGUUAGUUUUUAUAUCCCAUAAUGCAAAGCAUAUUAAAUGGCUUUGUGGAGUCCCAGCCCUGCAUCUAAUAUCUUGAACAUUUUAAAUUAUUUCUAUUCCCAUGUUGUUUUUUUAGUAGAAUUGUUUCCCAAAGAAAACCACUCCUUGAUCAUGGCUUUCUCUGGCAGAAUUGUGUAUACUCUAUAACAUCUUUGGUGGUGGCAGUCCUGUUUUCCUAAUAACUUUGUUAAUGUACUGUGAAAGAUUGAAAAUUUGAGUAUGUGUUAUAUAUGACAAUAAAUUAUGAAUUGGUGGGACUUAUGUAACAGCUUAUCAACAUUUGAACAUACUGGUACUUAAUAUCUUCUUGAGGAAAAUUUGCCUCCAAAUUUUAAGCUGGAAAGUCAGUGCAAUAACUGUGUAAAAAAGAACUAAAAUAAAUGGCUUUUUAGAUUUUUGGUACAUAUGUUAAAAAUUAUGUACAAAUUGAAAUGUCUGUACUUAUCCUUGA